GUCUCAAAGCAAAGCUUUAAUUGUGAGUUCUUUAGGUGAUAUCAAAGAUGUGAUUACGGAUGUCCUAGAUAUUGUCCGUCUUUUUGUGUCAUUUGAGCCCGAACUUCACCCCAUUGUCAUACAAAAAUUUAUCAAGCUUUGCGAAUUUGCUUUAGGGAUGGAGGACAGGGAGACUUUAAGGAAACUUUGCUACUAUAUAUUGAAGAAUCCUUUGAUUUUCAAUAGGGAGGAUCAAAUUUGUUACAUUUUUAAGGUCGUUAAUAUUUCUCUGAUAGAUACCUCUAGUUUUGGUUUGAGGUUGGCACUUGGGGAUCUGGGGGAUCACAAAAGCUGAUGAGCAACUAGAAAGAAUGAUUAGACGGUCGAGUAAAGCCAUCAAAGCCAUGUACCUACUGUCCAAGUAUGCCAUCAUCUUUCAGUUGAAUGGGUUGCGCUCGUUCCAAAAGACAUCAACUACUUCAGAGAAACGAUGUCUUAGUUUGGAUGAGAUACUGAUGGAAAUCAUGGACAAAAAGCUGUCUGACGUUAUUCCCACUUUUUGGUAUGCGAUGGCUCGAGAGCAUUGGGAUGUGUUCUACAUUAGUAAGUACAGUAGUCUUAUGGUUCUUUUGAAGAGAGAGCCGAAACUUUUAACAAUUUUUAAUGAAGUUGAAGAUUUUCAAUUGGCAGAGGAGACCUACAACCCGGCAGCUGAUUCCACCCUUGGAAAGACUGUGCCAUCCGCAUACAAAGACGAGGAAAUGGAAGAGAAGCAUGAGGAUCCUCAUGUUGGCAACAAAGAAAAGAAGAAAAAGAAGAAACAGAAGGCCAGAUGGAAAGAAAGUAAUAGAGAAAAAGAGAAGGAUCAAGCUGAGGUUGUGGUGCCACAGAAUGAAGAUGAAAAUGUUAAAGCAGGGAAGGAGAAGAAGAAUAAGAAUAGAAAGCAUGCCGAAGCUGAUGAAGAUGAACCUGAAACCCCCAGCAAAAGGAUUGAGAAGAAGAGAAAGCAUGAGGAGCCUUAUGUUGGCAGCAGAGAAAAGAAGAAGAAACAGAAGGCGGCUGCUUCAGAGGACACUGGUGUGGAACCUGAAGCUGAAGCACAUGGAAAGAAAGUAAAGGAGAAAAGGAGGGAUCAAGCUGGGGCUGUGGUGCCACAGAAGGAAGAUGAAAAUGUUAAACAACGGAAGAAGGAGAAGAAGAAGAAGAAGCAGAAGGCAGCUGUUGCAGAGGACACUGGUGUGGAACCUGAAGCUGAAGCAGGUGGAAAGAAAGUAAAGUUGGUGCAGGCGGUUCCAAGACAUGAUCGGGUUCCACCUCUUGUUUCACUUGACUUGGAGGGCUUUCAGGAAGCAUCACCACAUUAACUCUUUUAAUCAAUUCUGCAAGCAUUA